AUGACUUUGUUGCCUAUAGAGGGCCGGGAAGUACAUUUCUGUGAGAUCCUAGAAUCUGAGUGUGUGCUCUACACAGGAUGGAUAGAACGAGCCUCUGGCAGUUCCAUUUAUCCAGAGUCAAAAGCAUGCCUGCCACUGGCGCUCUUGGGUUCCAACAAAGAACCUAUGUUGCCUAAGGAAACAGUGCCUUCUCUUACAAGGUACAAUCUUGGCUCCUCUGCCACGAAGCAGAAUGUUCCUGGACAUGUGCUUCAGAGACCUUCCUAUUUAACCAGGAUACAAAUUACAUUGUUAUGCAAUUCCUCUGCUGAGGCCCUGUAAAAGGAGUGAGUUAGGACAGAUACAGCAAGAUAUUAGGACAGAUUUCCCCCAUUAUUCAGGCUGCACAACA